CGUUAAAACGUCCACGUACGAGUCACAUUUCUGGCGUUUGAAGACGAAUAAAAAGACUGAGUGUGUUUGUGUGGCUUAGGCGAGAAAGAUGUGACCCGUGCAAACACGGAGACGCUGCUAGGCAACAUCAUUCACGUUAUGCCUUAAUAUGGCAGUGGCUUCAUUCAGUGUUUAGCUCUGCGAAGAGCCAAAGCACCUGUUUAUAUAAUCAUUGUCAACACAGAACAUGCUGUGCUUUCACCAUUUAUCUCAAUAGUCCCGGUUUUCAACGUCUACAUUUCCAGAUAGCAAACGCAUCAGGAUCUUCAGAAGGGGACGCGGUGUUUAGAUAAAGCGGUGACGUAGCGUAAGCUUCACGCGGGGAUGCCAACGCUUACAGUAGGGAAAGAUCUGUGCGAACUUCGCCAGAUACUUCACUAAUACUUAUUGUCCCGUUCCGUUUUUUUCCACAUUCAUUUCAACUUUUUCCUGGUCCCUUCAGAUGAGGGUCAGGGUGGGAGGGGUCUGACGGUGGCUUAGAAAAACUCUCAACCACUCUAAAUGGGAGUUAAGACCUGCACACAGUAGUCCACAGACCAGUUCAUACCAGACAGCCAGCGUGGUAGCUGUCACUGAAGAUGGAGGGUGAGUGCGUAACAUUGGAGUUGGGUGCCAAAGAGCAACCUACCAGCACGGGACCGGUAACAGCCGAACAACUGGCAGCUAUAGAGGACGAAGAAAUCCUAAAUAAUAUGCUAGAUAAGGCUGUGGAUUUCGAGGAGAGGAAAAUGAUCCGCGUCGCCAUGAGAGAACUACUCAAGAGGAAGAGGGAACGGCGGGACAGGGAACGAGCAGCCCGAAUGGAGAACUUGCGACAGCAAAGCGGAGGCAAAACAGCUGCUGGACAAAAUAAGGAGCAGAAAGCCAAUGCUAACGGUCGGAGCAUCCCGCAAUACAACGCACACAGGCCAGCUCAAGCCAGAACAUUUUCAUCCCCCCAAUCCUCUUCUUUCACUCCUAAAACUGUGGGCAGCCCGGCUCAGUCACACAUGGCCAGGGUUAAAGUGCAGUGUGGCUCGGCGGUCGGGGGCUCCAACACCAAAGACGUCAAACAGAUGCUGCUGGACUGGUGCCGGGCCAAGACUGAACCGUAUGAGGGUGUGAAAAUUCACAAUUUCUCCUCUAGCUGGGCAGACGGUUUGGCAUUCUGUGCGCUGGUACACAGAUUCUUCCCCGAGGGCUUCGAAUACUGCACCCUUGACCCGUAUGACCGCAGGGCGAACUUUGAGAAGGCUUUCAAGACUGCAGAGAGACUCGCCGACUGCCCUCCGCUGCUGGACGUCGACGACUUGAUGCGAAUGCGAGAGCCCGACUGGAAAUGCGUGUACACUUAUAUCCAAGAGUUCUACCGCUGCCUGGUGGAGAAAGGCCUUGUAAAGACCAAAAAGAAGACAAUGGAUCCAAUGCAGCCCGUUCACAGCUGCCCAAUGCCAGAGAAACCCAAUGGAGUACUGGGUCAAACCCUACUCGGAAACCCUUGCAAACCCACUUCUUCACACUGUCAGAUGGACAUGACUGGAAACCCUCCGGCAGCUGGACAGGCUCAGGCAUCGCAGCCAAUUCCAAAUAAUAAGGAGAGAGUAAAACCGCCCUUAAGCUCACAGGCAUCUGCUAGUUCCAUCAGCAUCAGUCGUCCCAGGCCAACGGCACUACCAAACAAAUCAGCCAUCAAAGUCUCCAGGCCGCCUGAGCCUUCGUUGCAGGUUAAAGCUACAGGCAUCUUAACAGAGUCACCGUUGCCCCUAAACCCACAGCUCAGCCCCCCCUCCCAACUUCACCUCAACCCACCAUUCAUCCCCCCGACACUCCCGAGUCCUCCGGCACAGCCCGUCCGUGUCAACACGCACAAUAAUUUCAUCACCAAACCAAACCAAAAUCUUUCCCCUACCCCUAGUCCUCAACCGACCCAAAGCCCAGAAACGCACAUACCCAACACCAGUGACGAGGAAGGUGAUUUCAGGGUGCACAUCGUCACAUGGAAUGUAGGGUCUGCUAUGCCACCUGAUGACAUCACUUCCUUGUUCAGUCCUGGAAUUGAAAACAGGAGCACGGAUAUGUUCGUCGUUGGACUACAGGAAGUGAACUCCAUGAUAAACAAAAGACUCAAAGACGCUCUCUUCACAGACCAGUGGAGUGAACUCUGCAUGGAUACGCUCAGUCGAUUCGGAUAUGUGCUGGUAGCGUCUCAGAGGAUGCAGGGUGUUUUCCUGCUAGUGUUUUCCAAAUUCUGCCACCUUCCUUUUCUCAGGGGGAUACAAACCCAGAGCACACGCACCGGCCUGGGAGGCUACUGGGGGAAUAAAGGGGGCGUGAGUGCACGUAUGAUGGUUUUCGGACACCCCGUGUGCUUCCUCAACUGCCACCUGCCGGCUCACAUGCGGAACCUGGAGCAGCGGAUGGAGGACUUUGAGAGCAUCCUUCAGCAGCAGCAGUUUGAGGGCGGAGCUGCCGUGGGCGUGCUGGACCACGACGUGGUGUUCUGGUUUGGUGAUCUGAACUUCAGAAUCGAAGGCUAUGAUAUUCACGUUGUGAAAAGUGCGAUUGAGAAUGACAAACUGCCUCUGCUGUGGGAGAAAGAUCAGCUCAACAUGGCAAAAAAAAGCGAGUCUGUCCUGGAGGGAUUCAUGGAAGGACCCCUGAAUUUCCCACCGACGUAUAAGUUUGACGUGGGAACGCACACUUAUGACACGAGCACAAAGAAGAGGAAGCCCGCAUGGACCGAUCGCAUCCUGUGGCGUCUGCGCAGGACGGGCUCCCCCGUGCCGUCCCACAAUUCCGCUCUGCAGCGGGGUCUCACCUCGUGGCUGGGCGGAGCCACCAGAGUGUCCCAGCAGUUCUACCGCAGUCACAUGGGUUUUACUAUUAGUGACCACAAGCCUGUGUCCGCCCUCUUCUCGUUGCAUUUUCCCUUUAAGGUAAACCUGCCAUCAGUAACGCUGGAAGUGGAGAAGGAAUGGACCAAAUUCUCUGAUGCGACUGUCAAAAUCACAGUAGCUUCAGGGUUUCAGAGGAGCUCGUGGGACUGGGUGGGACUGUACAAGGUGGGAUUUAAGCAUCACAAGGAUUAUGCUGUGUAUGUAUGGGCCAAAUCUGAGCAUUCCACUCAGGUGACAUUCUCUGAAGAGGAUUUGCCCAGAGACCCUGGCGAAUACAUUUUGGGAUACUACAGUAGCAACAUGAACGGCUUCGCAGGAGUGACCGAGCCAUUUCAGGUGCAGCUGCCCAUGUCCACGCCCCCUGAGCUGGUGUGUCGCUCACGCUCUGACAGUUCUGACGUCAGCUCUGAGGACGACAGCACGCUGGUCCUAUUGGCCCCCAUCUCUCGCAGCCCCAGUCCUGGAAAUCAUGGCUGCAAACGGCACCACCAGAAGCGCAGCCGCAGCCCCGCCGUACCUGCACUCUCCACCUCGCCUCUACCCUCCCUGCAAUCCCUCAGCCUUUGCCCGCGCCCCCGCGAUGGCCACGUGCAGAGCUCCUCCCCCCGUCCCUCAGCCAAUGCCAAAAAAGAGCGCCUGGUUUCUCCAGACACACUGACCUCACCGUCGCUAAGCCCCCUUAGUCCGCGAAGCCCCGUGUCCCCUGGAAGUGGAGUCAGCGCCCCGGAAGCCCUGAUAGCAGCCAUAUUAGGAGAACACAGGCCUGCGCAGAUAGGCAAAACGGGGGAUGCGUCUCUAUGACCGAGACAGCAUCCCCUUUAUUUAUUUAUAGACUUAGCAUUUAGCUAGACUUUAGCUAUAGCUUAUUGUAACGCCACUGUCUUAAAGAAAUUUAAUGACGUUCAUGUGCAAAGAUCUUAUUAGGAAACCUGUUUAGUCUUUACAUCAUAUACAUAUCAGAGGCUCAGCAAUAGUCUGUAAUGCCUUGUCAUGCCUCAUUGCAUCACAGACGUUUCCUUGUUUCUCUGCGUUGGCAAUGGAGAUUUAACUGUUCUAUACUUUUCUGCUUUCUGUUUUUCUGUUUGUCAUUUGUAUCAGUACAACUGUACACAUUCCUUUGAUCUAAACAGCCUUAUAGAGCAGUAUAACCUGACCUGAGGUAAAACUGUGCACUUACCGUAGUAUCAAAGCAAACAGUGAUGUCAGCAUUCAUCCCUGCCUUUAUCGUCAACAAGCACAUGGCCGAUAUUUCAAUAUGUGACCCAGUCUGUGAAAACCAAGCUAAAGUCUUUUUUUGUGAUUUACUGAUUUUUUUAACUAAACAUUUUCCUACAUAAGGUAAAGAACAUUCUGUAAAAAUAUAAACUUGAUAUCUUUAAUAUUGAUUGAGUAUCAAAGAUUGAUAGCAUAGUGAAGUUAAUAGUUGAACUCAAACUUUGAUGCUCUUUAUCUCAUAAAUAGAUUUCGAGACUUUAGCCUGGUUUUCACAGACUAGGUUACAUAUCAUAUCUAGAGGACAUCGAUAAAACGUCAGUACAAAGUAGGAACCAAAAAGUCAGACCACAGUGGAAAUGUGUCAUUCAAAAUUUUGACUAGAAAUAGGAAAAUGAAAGGUUUUUAGGUUUGAUACAUUGUGACGUAUUUAAGAUUCUGCACUAUUUCAAUGCCACUGUAAUGAAAAUCGCUCAAUUUAACUUUCCCCUUCAAUUAUUUAUAGACUUGUCUUGUUUAUAUCAGCUCUUCAUGGCUUACUGAACUCAGACAAUGGUGUCAACAGCCAUAUGAUAGAACACACAAAUAACUGUUCAAUUCUUAUUAAUGGUUAUCGAAAAAGGUUAUCGAAUAAUAUCAUUCUUUAACCUAGUGGUUCUCAAACUGGGGACUGUGGCCUCCUGGGGGGGCCCAAGAUGGAUCCAGGUAGGCCACAGAUUUUGUGGCAUAAUGUGAAAUAUAGAAAUUCAAAAUCAAAAUUUAAAAAUCAUAAAUUGUAUGCAAUCAAACAGAAAAAUAAGACCCCCAACCAAAAGUAUCGAUGUUACAGCAUUGUAUUUCAGAAUUUGUUGUUGGUUUAGUUAAAAUUUUCAAGUUUAAGAUUAUACGUUUUUAUUUGGGGGGCCGCAAGGUGAUGCACUCUACACAAAGGGGGCCUUACACAACAAAAAAAUUUGAGGACCACUGCAUUAACUUAACUGUAUACAGUUUUCAGUUGUCAAGGUCCAAAAAGUCCACAGUGAGAUUUUGUGAUUCAAAAUUUGAAAAUAUUUAAGAUUCUGCAACAGUUUGUAUCCACUGCUUUAACUCCACACAACAGGUCAGAUUUGUUUGUGUUCAUGAACUCACAAGGUAAUCUUUUGAAAAUUCUCAAAUCAUGCUGAAUCAUUAUGGAUCAUCAGGUUUAGCACUUGUGAAGUCGGGACAGCUGCUUUCGUUUAGGUAAAAAGUGACACACCCAAUGGUUGAAAUGGCUGAGAUUCUCCAGGGGGACUCUAUGCUGGAGGCAUAUUUUACAUUUUAAACCGUAAGUGCAAAAACUAUGUUUGGAGGCAAUUUCAUGGUUUAAACCGGUAAAUUAUCUACAUUUUGAGGUGAAACUCUGUCCCCCUUAAAAUUCACUCCCUGGACUCCCCAUUCCAAACCUGGAAUUUUCAAAUGAAAAUACAAACAAAUUCAGCCAAUCAGAAUUGUCCGUUUUAUAAAAUACAAUUUUAUAAUUUAACAGCGAUCAAUUUAAACAAACAUUUAUUUUACAUAAUAUGUAUUCAUUAUUCACAACAAAUAUUUGAAACAAAAACCGUGCUCUGUGCAUUGACAAAGCUCUAGACAGUUUUGUUGACAACAGCAUUUCAAACCAGCAAAUGGAAUGACAAUUUCAGCCAAUCAGACAUGUUCGCCAGGUGAUGUUGAUAAAAUCAGCCUAUCGCUACUGUUGUUGCGAUGUCAUUGUCAUUGUCACCAUUCUAUGAGCACACAUAUUGCAGAGGUGUGUGCACAUCCUGUAAGACCACCGCACCAUCCCAGGUUUUAGGUUACUCAUUAAUACCCACCAUGCUUUGCUGCAAUAUCUGUCAGGAGCAAACCUUUGACAGAAGCAGCUGACCGAUGUCAACCAAUCAGAGGAGCUCUGGUCAUUUAUGGCGUUUCGUGUGAGCUGAAUCGAGCUUGUGUGUGGUGUGUGUGGACAGCGCAAAAUAAACUUGAAUUUGAACGUAUAUUGACGUUUGUUACUUUGAGCUCUUAUUUAAUAGUUUGGAAUGUGACUGGAAACGUUACACACCCAGAGGCAAAAAAAACAUGUUAUGUAAAGCUGCGUAAUCCUUACGAAAGUCAAAAAGGCAGAGGGAGGUCUAGCUAUAGAGUUAUAUAUUAUGUAAUAUAUUGUGAUGUGUCUGACAUGUUCUGUAACAGAAUUGCGAAAUUGAAGAUAAUGUGGCAACAUUCCCCUUCUCACCGUGCAGCUACACGUGUACAGAAGAGUUGUUUAUCCAAAACCUCAGCAGGUGUGAGUUAACUUCAUCAUCCAUUGCACAAUACAGUAGUACGUCUAAAUAAACACACAGUUCAAUGAACUCAAAGGUCCUACAUUUAGUUUCAGGAAACUUUCAUAGAGUGAUCUAGUUUGGUGGUUUGUCUUUUUCGGUCUGACUUUAUAAGACAAAUUGGUAACUGUUAACAUUAGUCAAUGCAAAGUGAAAAAACAUGAAUAAUUGUAUUGCAUUAACUAAAAAACUUAUCUUUUUCAUUGUUACUUCAUGUUAGCUAAUGCAUUUACAGUAUAAUGGUAACAAAUAAAACCUUUUUGUAAACUUAAAAUCAAGUCAAGCCUUAUAAUCCAAGACAUCUACUUCAUUUGGAUUUUAAAAAGUGCCUUUGUUACAACAAACUAUGAAUAUUGUGUCAUAGGACUUUACUUUAGGACAUUUAUUGGCUGUUUACACAAAUAAAC